AUGGCGCCGACACCCAGAAAGUCGACACGCGCAGCAGCGACGCGCCGAAAAGCGCCCAUUGCCGACGAUUCAGACGAGGAGGAGAACAAGACAGUUGCGUCUGGAGUGAAGGAGGAAGAAGAUGACGAGGCAGAGCCCGCACCAACACCCGCGCCGCUCAAGACAGGACGGGGUCGCGGUCGCCCACGCAAAGCCGCAGCUCCAGUUGCAGACGAGAAUGCAACGCCCAAGCCCGCGACGCGGCGACGGCCACGCGCUACCGAGUCCACGUCCACGGCUGCUCCCGAGAGAAGUGCCCGUCUGUGCUCGCCGGCCAAGGUUGUUCCUCAGAAGCGUGGGCGAAAACCUCGCUCGUCGGUUGCCCCACAGGUCGCUGAGCCGGCGUCAGUCGCCAAUGAAGAGACGUCAGCCGUGAGCGAAGAGGCAUCAGAGCAGGAACCCGCGGAAGAGUCGAGUGCGUCUGUUGCAGACACAGCACACGACACCGAAGACGAGCAGACAGUCGUCGCAGAGCCGCUGCCCAAAUCAGAACCAGUCCCCGAGCCCCUCGCCGACAUCACACAAGUCGUUGUGAACGCGCCAGAAGCGACAGCAAAACCCGAACCUAAACCCGAAGCGUCACAGCCAGACAUGUUUCAACCGAUCAGCUCUCAGCACACUGUAUUGGAAAGGCCCAUGGAUAUUGUUGCAAAGAGACGGGCAGCUGCGGUGCCAUUGCAAGGCCCUGAGCCUCCAAAACAGCGCACAGUCAUCACAUGGCUGGUCCUGACCAACUUCAAGAGCUACGCGGGGCGGCAAGAAGUGGGCCCGUUCCACGCAUCUUUCUCCUCUGUCGUGGGACCAAACGGUUCGGGCAAGUCCAACGUCAUCGACUCGUUGCUCUUCGUCUUUGGGUUUCGCGCGAGCAAGAUGAGACAGGGCAAGAUCUCCGCCCUCAUCCACAACUCGGCUGCAUUUCCGGACCUGGAAUACUGUGAAGUCGAAGUUCACUUCCAGGAAGUCAAGGAUCUCCCAGGUGGUGCGCACGAGGUGCUUCCGGAAACACAGCUGGUCAUCUCCCGACGUGCUUUCAAGAACAACUCCAGCAAGUACUACAUCAACAAAAAAGAGUCCACCUUUACAGUCGUGACUACACUGCUGCGAGAGCGUGGAGUCGAUCUGGAUCAUAAGCGUUUCCUCAUCCUCCAGGGCGAAGUCGAGUCGAUUGCGCAAAUGAAGCCCAAAGCCCUUACUGAACACGACGACGGUCUUCUUGAGUACUUGGAAGAUAUCAUUGGUACCUCAAAGUACAAGACGCCUAUCGAGGAAUCUGCAGCUGAGGUGGACGUCCUGAACGAGACUUGCAUGGAGAAGAACAACCGGGUACAGCAUGUCGAAAAGGAGAAGAGUAGUCUGGAAGAGAAAAAGGACAAGGCUCUAUCCUACAUUCGGGAAGAAAACGAUCUUGCCGCCAAGCGAGCGACUCUCUACCAGAUCAACAUCUCCAACUUGGACGAUCAUAUUCAAGUCACCCAGGAAUCAGUGGAUCAAAUGCAGGCUCAACUCAACGAAGAACUUCAGAAACACCAGGGCAGUGAAGAAGAGAUCAAGCAGCUAGAGCGUCAUCACAAGAAGGUGGCAAAAGAGUGGGAGCAGGUGGAGAAGACGAGUCAGGAACUCCAGAAGGAGGUUGCGCGCAUUGACAAAGAAACAGUCAAGUUUGAGGAGAAGAAGAAGUUCUUGACUGGCAAGCAGAAGAAGCUCGAGAAGACUCAGGAAACGAGCAGCUAUGGCAGAGCCGAGUCGGAAACCCUCGCAAAGCAGUACACUGCCGAUCUGGAGCGCUACGCAGAGGAGAUUGAUGAGCUAGAAGACAGCAUGAAAGUCGAAGAGAAGGAGCUUGAAACUGUCCGCCUAAGCUUGGCAGGAAAAACUCAAGGCCUUUCAGACGAAAUCGCGGCCAAGCAGAAGUCCCUGGAACCCUGGACUGCCAAGAUCAACGAGAAGAAGUCUGCCAUGGCAGUUGCACAGAGCGAACUCGACAUCCUUCGUGAGAGGGAGAACGCGGGUACGAAGGGUAUCGCCGAUGUAGAGGCCAAGAUUGAGGCAUACCAGGAGGCCAAGGAGAACAAGGCUGCCGAGCUUCAAGACUGCAAGGCCGAGAAGAAGCGGAUCGAGAAGGAGGCCCAGAAGAUGCAAGCCGUCAUCGAGAAUCUAGCUCAAGAGGAGCCCGCAUUGAGGUCAAAGCUAUCUGGCGCGAGGGCCAAGGCUGAUGAAGCCCGUGCUAGUCUUUCUGCUACACAGACACAAGGUAACGUCCUCGCUGGCCUCAUGCGUCUGAAGGAGUCCGGUCGAAUUGAUGGUUUCUACGGCCGUCUAGGCAAUCUAGGCACUAUCGAUCAGGUAUACGACGUAGCAAUCUCCACAGCUUGCCCACAGUUGGAUAACAUGGUCGUGGACUCUGUAGAAUCUGGUCAACAGUGCAUUGAGCAUCUCCGGAAGAACAAUCUCGGUCGCGCUAACUUCAUUCUCCUGGACCGCCUCGCAAAGCGAGACAUGUCGGAGGUCCAGACACCUGAGGGUGUUCCUCGCCUUUUCGAUCUCGUCAAGCCGAAACAGGACAGUCUCAAGCCUGCCUUCUUUCAUGUGCUCCAAAACACGCUCGUUGCGGAAAACCUGGACCAAGCAGAACGCAUCGCUUAUGGCGCAAAACGAUGGCGCGUUGUUACCCUGGAUGGCAAACUCAUCGAUACAGCCGGUACCAUGAGUGGUGGUGGAAGUCGUGUCGUCAAGGGAAAGAUGUCGUCGAAGCUGGCAUCCAACAUCUCCGGUGGUCUAGUCACCCAACUUGAGCAGGAUCGAGACACGCUUGAACAGACUUUUGCUGAGCGCCAGCAAGAGCAACAAGAGCUCGAAACUGCGCUGCGGGGUCUAAAUCAGCAAAUACCUGAACUUGGUACGAAAGCGCAGAAGAUUGCCCUCGAGUUGGAGAGCUUCGAUCGUAACAUCGCGGAUGGUCAACGUCGGAUUAAGGAACUGGGCACUGAGCAAACUUUAACAAAGUCAGACAAGGGACGCACUUCCUCGCUGGAGAAGAGCAUUGCUUCGAUGGAGAAGGAAAUCGCCAAACUCAGUGCUGAGACCGAGGAUAUCAUGGAAAUUGGUGGUGUCAAACUCCGAAGUCAGAAAGCCAAGUCUUCUAACGCUGAGGUGGCAAAAUCGAAGGAAGAAAAACAGCGCGCCAAACAUGAGAAGGCUUAUAAUGACGCGAUCAAGGAGGUCGAAGCGGACAUGGAGUCCCAAGAACACGAUGCUUCCGGUCUCCGGCAACAAGCCGAAGAAGCGCAGGAGGCUCUCGAGACCAGAAAAGAUGAGCUCCAAGCCGUCAAGAAAGAGCUCGACGAGAAAACCACCGAGCUAAACGAAACCCGCGCCAUCGAAAUCGAAAUGCGCGUCCAGCUCGAAGAAGGGCAAAAGGGCCUCGCAGUGUACCAGAAAAAGCAGGCCGAAUACCAGGACAGAUUGAGUAAACUCUCACACCAAAACGUCACCGACUUGGGCGAAGAACAAGAAUCCGACUCCGGCCUCCCAACCUACACCAAAGAUGAGCUCUUAGACAUGGACAAAUCGCAACUAAAAGCCGAAAUCGCCGCUCUGGAGAAGAAGAACGAAAACACCCCCGUCGACCUCUCAGUGCUGGCCGAAUACCGCAAACGCGUCGAAGAACACGCAUCGCGCUCCUCAGACCUCGCCAGCGCAGUCGCCACGCGCGACGCCGCAAAACGCAAGUGCGACGAGCUACGCCGCCUCCGCCUCGAAGGCUUCAUGGAGGGUUUCGGCAUCAUCACAGCGCGGCUGAAGGAAAUGUACCAAAUGAUCACCAUGGGCGGCAACGCGGAGCUCGAGCUCGUCGACUCGCUCGACCCCUUCAGCGAGGGCAUCAUGUUCAGCGUCAUGCCGCCCAAGAAGAGCUGGAAAAACAUCUCCAACUUGUCGGGCGGCGAGAAAACGCUCUCCUCCCUCGCCCUCGUCUUCGCUCUGCACCACUACAAGCCCACGCCCUUGUACGUCAUGGAUGAGAUUGAUGCCGCGCUUGACUUUCGCAAUGUCAGUAUUGUUGCGAGCUAUAUCAAGGAGCGCACAAGGAAUGCGCAGUUCAUCGUCAUUUCGCUGCGCAACAAUAUGUUCGAGUUGGCGUCCAGGCUCGUCGGCGUAUACAAGGUUAAUCACAUGACAAAAAGCGUCACAAUCGAAAACAAAGACUACAUUACCGCACGCGCGUAGCCGUAGUGCAAUCGUGAAGGCGCGUUGGUCCUGGAUAUGGCUUUGGAUAUGGCGUUUGGGUGCGGGAGUUCAGGGGCUGGCGUGGAUCGCGGGACGGAACGCAUGGUCGAAUCGUUAUGGACUAAUGCGUGCACUGGUUGGGGCGGCGCUGGAGGGGAUCGGAGUGUAUGCAUGCAUGCUUUCAACACGAUAUACCGCGCAUGAUUCAUUGAUUGACUGAUUGGCUAACUGGGUUCGGUAUCGAGAGCCGCAUGUGUGCGUGUUCAUGAAUUGGAUUACGAACUUCACGUUGAAGGACUUUGGAUGAUUUGCCCGAUGUUUGCAGUGGGUGUGUGUGGAGUUUGCACGCUGGAAUAGGGAGGUGUUUGUGAGGAGAGGUGUUUUUGGGAUAUAUAAGACAGG